AUUUAUUUAACUUUAAUAUCUCCUUCAGUAAGCAUCAAUUUAAAAUCUGCACUUAAACAGUUCUUGCAUCUCAGAGCAAAAUGUUUCGUAACUUUUUGAAUAUAUUGCUAUUUUAUAUCUUGAUUUUUCAAAUCGGUUACUGUUUAAGUGAUAAUACUGAACAAAAUGCUACGCUAAAAUGCGAAAAGCUAUUAAUUGCAAACCGCGUACCAAAAUUAUCGAGUUGUGUUGAAGCAGCAGGUAACAGCAGGAACAAUGGCGUAUACCAUAUUCAGUUACAAAAUCUCGAUAUCGAUGACUUGAAAGUGUUUUGUGUAGAAGACGUGGAUUUCGGAGGAUGGUUAGUUAUACAGCGGCGUCAAAAUGAUUCCGUAGAUUUUUAUAGAAAUUGGAUGGACUACAAGGAGGGAUUUGGCGACCUAACGGGAAACUAUUGGAUCGGUUUGGAGAAACUACAUGUGCUCACAAGCGACUGCGAACAGGAGUUAUAUGUUCAUAUGAGAAGACGUAAUGGCAAGGAAUACUAUGCAAAAUACAGGGAAUUUGUUAUUGCUGCAGAGUCAGAGAGCUACGCUUUGAAGAAAUUGGGAAAGUAUAGCGGCAAUGCUGGCGAUUCCUUCGGCGGACAUGUGGGAAUGAAAUUUUCAACUUAUGAUCGUGAUAAUGAUAUAUAUGAAGAAAACUGUGCAGAGAUAUAUAAAGGCGGUUGGUGGUUUUCAAAUUGCUAUCUCAGCCACCUAAAUGGACGCUAUGGCGACGAUAAUGCCGGUGUGAAUUGGAUUGAAAUAGAAAGAGAUGAAUCAUUAGCAUUUGCUCAAAUGAUGAUACGACCAACUCGAAAUUGUAUGAGAAAAUUGAUGUUGCGCAAUUUAAAUGCAGGUGCCUAAAAAUUUAUUGGAAUUGAACGGGUUGGAUGCUGUUGUUAAACAACAAUAUUCUUUUUUAUUAAUUUUCAAAUAUACUCAGAUGUGUCUCUAUAGCUUCCAAUUUGUACUCGCUUGUGUCACUGAAAAUGUGAAAUUGAACAUAUAACUUUAAGAUUCUAUCAUGAAAACGAUAUAUAAUUUAUAUUAACUGCUGUAUGUGAUAUCUUAAUAAAAAUAAUAAAAAUGUGUUUGCUUGUCAGCGAAAUCGA